AGACCAGAGCUGGUCAUGUUAAUAAGGCCGAAAGAAGAAAAUGAGAGCAAUGACAAAAGGAGCUCCUUCUUCCCCCCUUUGCUCGGCCGGGCUCAAUGUCAAACCCAUUUCCGCCCUUUCUCUCUGUAACCAGACUCAUCUUCCUCUUCCUCCUCUCCCUCUUUCCCACCUAUAUUAAUGGAAUUCACAGCACUGCGAAGUUCGAGUUCAGGGAGGCGACGAUAGAGAAGAUACGGUCAGCCUUCGAGCGGCAGGAGCUGACCUCGAGGCAGCUGGUGGAGUACUACCUGGACGCCAUCGACAAGCUCAACCCUCGACUUAGGGCCGUCAUCGAGGUGAACCCGGAGGCCCUGGCUCUGGCGGACAAGGCCGAUGAGGAGAGGGGGCAGCGGGGACGGGCUGGGUCGACGCUGCACGGGAUUCCGGUGUUGCUCAAGGACUCGAUCGGGACGAAGGACAGUCUGAACACGACAGCGGGAUCGCUGGCGCUGGUGGGCUCGGCUGUGCGGAGAGAUGCGGGCGUGGCGAGGAGGCUGCGGCGUAGCGGGGCCAUCAUCUUGGGGAAGGCCUCCAUGAGCGAGUGGUAUGGCGUCCGCUCGAGGUUCGCCCCCCAGGGGUGGAACGCCAGGGUCGGUCAACCCAUGAAUCCAUAUGUGGCGACGGCCAGCCCGUGUGGUUCCAGCACCGGCUCCGCCAUAGGCGUCGCCGCCAACAUGGUGGCGGUAUCACUAGGAACAGAGACGCAUGGCUCCAUCAUCUGCCCUGCUGAUAAAAAUUCGGUGGUUGGGAUCAAGCCCACCGUCGGACUCACGAGCAGAGCCGGCGUCGUCCCUCUCUCUCCAAGGCAGGACACCAUUGGGCCCAUCUGUAGAACCGUGGCGGACGCGGUAUACGUGUUGGAGGAAAUUGUGGGUUAUGAUGCCAGGGAUAAGGAGGCGACAGAGAAAGCUGCAAAGUUCAUUCCUGUAGGAGGGUACAGACAAUUUUUGAGAAAUGAUGGGCUUCGUGGGAAAAGGCUUGGCAUAGUUCCACAGCCUUUCUUUAAUUUUUCUGAUCAACCUUCUGUUGCCAAGAUUUUCGAGGAUCAUCUCCAUACGAUGAGGAGGCAUGGGGCAAUCCUGGUCGAUAAUCUUGUGAUAUCCAACAUAAGCACCAUCCGUAACUGGUCUAAGAGUGGAGAGUCGACUGCUCUGCUGUAUGAAUUUAGGCAGAAUCUGAAUUCUUACCUGAAAGGCCUUAAGAGUUCUUCUGUAAGAUCGCUAGCUGAUGUGAUUGCUUUCAACGAAAGACACCCAAUCCAGGAAAAGAUGAAAGAGUAUGGGCAGGAUGUUUUCUUAGCAUCCGAGAGCUCAGGUGGUCUGGCAGAGGAAGUGAAGGUGGCAGUGAAGACGAUGGAGGAACUGUCCAAGAAUGGUUUUGAGAAGUUGAUGAAGCACAAUAAGUUGGAUGCGUUGGUCACACCAAGCAACUCUGCCUCCAAUAUUCUGGCCAUUGGAGGGUACCCAGCAAUCAGUGUUCCUGCUGGGUACUAUGGCAAAGAAGGGGUGCCCAUAGGGAUAUGUUUCGGUGGGUUAAGGGGUUCCGAACCAACCUUGAUAGAAAUUGCCUACUCUUACGAACAGGCAACUAAAAUAAGAAAGCCCCCCAAGAUUCAGGUCUGAUCCUCUGAAGCAAUGAACUUAUGUAGUCAGCUUUUAGGGAAUUACUAGCCAUACUUACAGGCUUAAUGUGUUGUUCUUGGCCUUCACUGUUCAGUUGUGUAGAUAGCAUGCUUUUAUUGGCCGUGAUUCGUCAUGAUAAUAACUUGCUUGCGGUCGUGUUGGUUUUAGAAGUUCACAUUCUGAACCUGCUGGCUUGAUAAUAAACUCUACUAGAUCUCCAUCCA